GUUCGGUGCGACCGCAAAACACCAACAUGCCACAACUGUGAUCGCCUUGGGGUAAAAUGUCCCGGCUAUAGUGACACGGCGGCAAUUUUGUCGCGAAAGGAUGGGUCGCGGCAACGAAUUCAAGAUUCGGUGGACACCAUCUACCGAGCGUCCGGGGUUGAGAAGCGAAAGGUCGGAUCCUGUGACGAAUGCCGCCGGACAAAGAGUCGCUGCUCUCGCACGCGGCCCCUUUGCAAGCGGUGUAUGAGGAAGGGCUUUUCGUGCAAAUACAACGCCAAAUACGACACUGCCGCUAGUCAAUCGCCAUCGUCAUCGAUGCUACUAGAAGACCAAAUGUUAACUACUACGCUCUUUACGGAUACCCUACCACAAGAUAGGUUUCAUCUACAGUCGCUAGCCGAUAAAUUCUUUGAUCGAAUAUCUACUCUGCGUUGUUUGGGGUUUAUUCACAAACCGACCUUUUACCAAUCACUCGACAGAGGCACCCUUAAUGAAGAUUUUGGAGAGGCUGUUAUCUACAUAGUUGCCGCGCUUGGGGCAAGAAUGUAUCUGUUGGAUGAUCCUACGGAGUUCAACAAUCCAUUUCACGGCAUUCCUGGAGCGGCUUGGGCUGAACGAGCCAGGGAUCUUGCUAUGAGAGAGAUAGCAAAUCCUUCUCUUUCGACAAUGAUGCACGCUUUAGCAUUUGUCGUCUUUGGAUGCUGCGUACGCAUCAUGAGGCUGCUCAGUCUUGACUCUCCCAAAAAGGUGUCUGCUUCACCCGGACUUGCCCAUAUGACUCAAUUAGAGACUGAAAGAAGACUUUUAUGGUCUUGUUAUCUCCUAGAUAGCUUUCUGGGCGGUGGAGUAGAUGGAAACCUGUACUGGAAAGACGAUUUUCCAUGCGUACCGCUACCUUGCUCGGAUGCAAACUUUGUCGCCCAAGAGCAAUAUGGAGACUUCAAUGCACCAAAACUAAGCACGUUUGAGCUUUUCCCAGAUCGAAGCUACCUCAAUCUUCGUUCUCAUACGAUAUAUCUCGUGCAGCUCCGAACUCGCGUAUUAAGAUUAAUCAGAAAUAACAGCCAGGACGCCAAUAUCUGGGAUCCAGGAUCUGCAUUUCUGGACAUAAUUCAUCGAUUAGAAAUUUGGUACGCUGGCUUGCCCGAGCAGCUGGUGAUAUCUGAUCUCAACGCAUACGUCCACAAAGAACUCAGCAUCAUUAGCGGUGUCUUCAUGCUGCAUUUUCUCUAUCACUCGAUUGUUUGCGACCUCACUCGAGUUUCGCUCCCAGGAUACGUCUUUCCACUAUCGGCCGCUUUCCAUUCCGCUCCUCUCGAAUUUCGCAGGCAGUGUCAAGAGCGUUGUCGGUUUCAUGCAGACGAAAUAUCACGGCUUGUUCGCGUUGGAUUCGGCUAUGGCAUUCGCGUUUUUGAUGAUUUGCAUAGCUUGAUGGCCACAUUCGAGUCAACUAAGAUCCAAAUUAUUCACACUGCCACAGCUACGUCAAACGCCAUCGAUAUAAGAGAGCGGGCGAGCUACAAUAUCCGGUUAAACAUGAGAGCACUCGAUAUUCUUCACCUUCAGAAAGACAAGCCGAAUCCCUACCAUAAGGCCCUAAUACCACUGCUGGAGAAAUUCGACUUCAACAACGUAGUAGCCGAAUGGCAAGCUUACCCAAGCCCAAUAUCAAUGAACUCGGAACAGGCCGAGGUUACAGGCCCGGAAGAUGCGGGUUUCUUAAGCAACUUGGCUCCAUUCCGCCUUGCCAAAGAAGAAAUCCGAGCUCACAGAAAGCAACGAAGGGGAUCAUCCCCAGCUGCAAACGAUCUUUCCGCCUCGCCUACUACAGUCCGCCCACCGCCCAUCAUCUCCAUGCCUCAAAAGGGGGCGCUCGGCGGCCUAGCAUCUACAGCACAUCCUACGCCUGUCAACGACCAGGGUGUCGCGGCUGAGAUUCAGGGAGGAGUGCCAAAGGAGAUGAUAGAUUUAUCAGAUCUAGCAGAGGACUACAUCCGGAUGGCAGGUGAGAUGGCCAACUUCAUAUCGUGGGACAUAUCGGAGCCGCCUUCGUGGUUAGAUUUC